GCCGCUAAGAAAGCCGAGCGCGAGUCGGAGGCCGCCGGGAAAGCCGAGGUCGAGUCGGAGGCCGCGUGCUUCUCAAUCGGAUUGUUGUUGGCCACAGAGGUGAUCUACCGAACAUGUAAGACAAUCGUGAUCUACUGCAGCGACCAGGACAUUGCCGAGAGCGCAGACGACUGCGGGGUAUGUGAGAACACCGUCGGAACUGUUUCCGCCAGGAUGUUUUUAGACGGUGCGGAGCCGCUCGAGCUUCCCUGCGCGGUGCCUCGGCCCAAGAAGACCGCCUUCGCGAACGUCUCCAUCGGCGCUAGAAUGUUCGUAAUUGCUUUGCUCGGCACAGCGCUAGACUUUGCCCGUGAGAAGAUGUGCAAAGAUAUCCGCCGCUAUCCCGAACAACUCGACACGGAAUUCGACGCUUGGUCGGACGAUAGCAGUCAGGAGCAAGACUCUGAGUCUGGCAGCGUCGACUUGUUCGACGAUGUCCUCGAAUACGAAGAGGACGCCCGGGGCGGUGCCCUCGGCGAGGGCAAUGGCUUUGAGAAUUGCGCCCUGGCUUCGUGGAAGAACUGGCUGGUCGAGCACUUGAAGCAGCACCACCAGAAGCGGGCGUCUUUCGUCCCAUACAAAAGCAACAAGAUGUUCCGCAUUGCGAAGGCCAUCCAUGACAGUGACCAGAUGCGCGGUAUUUCAGGCGCCAAAUAUCUGCAGAGGGCAGCGGCUCUGGUGCGCAGGCAGGCGAGCACGGGGCUGUCCAAGAGGGCCCACACGCACCUGGACGAGCACAUGGUGCUCGUGUUGGAAGAAGGCGGGCCGAGGUACUACCUGCAAUCGGAGCUGUGCCAGAUGUCCGUUCGCCGCGUCGGCGACUGCUACUCGACGCGGGAGUUCUACAAUCGGGCGCGAGAGCGCCUCGCCGGCCUGCUGGCGGAGUGCGAGGAUGACGGUGAGCUCCAGUGGGUGUCCAUCGACGGCGCUGCUAAACCCGCAUUUACUCUGGUCGGACAAGCUUCCUGCAGGGCGCCGCGGUGGGUUCGAGAAGAUCAGGCCGUCCCCAUUGAUGAUCAACUUCAUGUAGUUUUGACGAUGCGGGUCCGGUCGGGCGCUGUGCUGUUGGCGACGCCUGUUCAGACUGAGAAUGCCGAAAACGUAUGCAGUGCUCUUUCAUCGGCAUUCUCGGCAUCGCAGCUGGCACUAAUCCAGUGCCUUGUCACGGACGAUCCGUCGGCGAAGCUGCUCGACGGGCUUCAAGAUGUCUGUGGCGACCUCAAGGCAAUCGCCCUGGACUGCUGCCAUCUGGCCAUGGUCUACGAGCAGGCCAACUGGGAAAAGAAGAGUCCAGGGAGCAUUGACAUUCGCAGAAUCGUUGCGGAGCUGGAGGCAAAGUGCGGCGCUGGACCUCGCGGGGGACUCUUCGACGGCACGAGCGCCGCCGCGUCCACGCGGGGCGAGAAGAUUGCCCGCGGUGGCAUCGGGCGCAAAAGACUCGCUGUCAGGAAAGCAAAGCGGGUCCUGGGCGUCAUCGACGUGAGCAAGCCCUUCCAGACUCGCACCGAAGUUUUGCGAUGCAGAGAGGCCGCUGCCCGCGUGCACCACAGGGAGAUGAAGAAGACGCUGCCUUCAGGCAAGACGAGGUUGCAGAUGCUCAAGUGCGCAGCCCAACCAGAGAGGCUGGAGUGGAUGCUGAAUGCGGCCCGGGUUAGUUCCAGGAUGACGCGGGAAGAGCGCGUCCUAUUGCCCGCAG